AUGAGCAACUCGCUCUUCCAGGCCGCGAAGACGGCCACCCGGCAUGUACAAACCCGGGCUUACUCUACCCCCCGCCAUCUGAUGUCAAUUGCGGACCUUUCAUCGACAGAGUUUGCCCGUCUUGUUCUAAAUGGGGCCGAACAUAAAAGGGCAUUCAAGGCAGGCACCGCUUCCGAAAAGCUCAAGAGCAGUCUUGCCGGCCCCGCAGUGGCCUUGUUGUUUAGCAAACGAAGCACGCGGACGCGAGUUUCAACAGAGUCUGCGAUAGCCAUGAUGGGUGGCCGUCCUAUGUUUCUAGGCAAGGAUGACAUUCAACUUGGUGUCAAUGAGACUCUCCUUGAUACGUCUAAAGUCAUCUCCUCUAUGACUUCGUGUAUUGUUGCACGUGUUGAUCAGCACUCUGAUGUGACCGGCUUGGCUGAGCACUCCUCAGUCCCUGUCAUCAAUGGCCUGUCGGCCGAUUUCCACCCGUUGCAGACGAUUGCUGACUUCUUGACAAUCCACGAGGCGUUCCCUGCAUCUAAUUUGAGUAAAGGUAGCCUUGGUCUCGAAGGCAGGAAAGUCGCAUGGAUCGGUGAUUCAAACAACGUGCUUUUUGACCUGGCUAUCGGUUGCUUUAAAAUGGGCGUUGAUAUCGCGGUUGCCUCACCGAAAGGUUACGGUAUCCCCGACCGCAUGCGAUCCCUCAUCUUGUCCUCUGGCACCAGCAGCAAAUUGGUUGAGACGACCGUUCCAGAGGUUGCUAUCAAGGAUGCUGACAUUCUGGUGACGGACACUUGGGUGUCUAUGGGUCAAGAGGAAGAGGUAAAAAAGAGGCUUCAAGCUUUCGACGGAUACCAGAUCACAAGUGAACUGGCGAAGCGUGGCGGGGCAAAGGAAGAUUGGAAGUUUAUGCACUGUCUUCCACGGCACCCCGAGGAGGUGACGGACGAGGUUUUUUACAAUUCCCGCUCGCUGGUUUUCCAAGAGGCAGAGAACAGGCUUUGGGCAGCUAUCGGUCAGUACAGCCCUCUACUUGCAUUUGGUUGA